AUGACGCUCGGGUCCCUGGAACGUCAGUGGAUGCCCGGUCACAGACGAACUGUUCAGUCACAGACGAGCUGUUCGACGCCGGUCCAGAGACUGGAGGCAGAAUAUGCUCGGAUAAUGCGAGUCUCUGCCGAAGAACUGGAUCUAAAGCCCGCUGUGUAUCUCAGGGAAGGAAGUGAUUUGAUGGCGCAGUUAAGAGACCAACUUAUUAUGCUCCCAGAAAUUGAGGUACUGACCCCAGAAUGCAACAUCGACGAAGCUAAUGUCGGAGUUCCAACUCCAGAGAUGGAAGCCAAGAUGAGAGGGAUCCUGAGACGCCGUCGCAGCAUCUUCCUGGGAGAUGGCAACGCAGCUCCAGCCCCGGCUAGGGGUGUAGUGUGUGAUAUCGACAUUGGUGAAGCAAAACCACUAUCCCGCUACCCUCUACCCUUGAUCGAUGACCUGCUGGUAGACUUCAAGUCUGCAAUGCGGUUUAUGAGUCUCGACAUAGCGAGUGGAUUCUGGGCGGUGCGAAUGACUGAGCGGGCGAAGCUGAUCUCUGCAUUUGUCUGUCCGUUCGGCCAUUUUCAAUGGCCCAGAGUGCCAUUUGGAUUGAAGAUUGCACCGUUAAUUUAUCAGAGCAUCAUCAACAACUGUCUGUGGGGAUUUGUCCGUCUACCUCCUGAAGAAGAAGCGUUGGUUGGCCAAGAAGUUCUGGUGUUUUUGAAUCUUGAGCCGCAAGAGGUCGCCUGA